AUCGCCGCAUCCCACACGUGUCCGGCCGCCUGCUCCCAAGUCUCUCUCCUCCCUUCCACACAGGACAGGACACAAGAACAAUGGCUGAGGUCGGCUAUGAUCCCAAGCGGAGUAAGGUCAGCGACGAUAAGCUCGCCGAGUUCAUCCGCUCCGCCGUCACGGGCGACCUCACGGAGGUGCCCGGCAUCGCAGCAAGAGGGGCAGAGAUCCUGGCGGACGGAGAGGGAGACGACAAGGUCACCAACACGUACCAGCUCAUCGGAAAGUUUUUGGCACUCCGGGGACCCGACAAAACCGACCAUGAGGUGGACUCCGUGGAGCACUGCGACAAGUUCUGGUACUGGCUGCAGGCGAAGGGCAUCAACUCGAACCGAUCUGGCAUCGUCAACGCUAUCGCCGAAAAGGUCAACACCUGGAUCCCUGGAAUCUACGACGCCGACAGCUACACGGACACGGCUUGAUGGUGGACGUUUCGUCACGGGCAACCGAACAGCUACAAACUUUGGGCUCCGCCAAGAAUUAGUUCCGCCCUUUGUCAUGCACUGUGUGCCCCCGAAGAAUAGGGUGGAGCGGGGGGUUACGUGGGUGCGGAGAAGAGGCCACGCGCGGGUGGAACAACAAGUAAGAAUUGUACUUCUAGACUGGGCUUAGUGUGAUUCGGUUGACAGCUUUUGUUUCUGUCCUUUGCUUUUGGGCGCCUCCCCAAUUCCUGACCGUUCGCACUUGCUGUUGUUGAUGUUGCUUCAGCUCGCUGCAGGGUUUCGAACACUUCUUGUGAUUGUGUUCCUCUGCGAGUUCGUUUAGAUUUCGUAGAAAUGGCCUGGUCGUCCAUCGUCGUGCCCCCGUUUCAUGAGAAACGCAUGUACAGGCUAUAUAUUUUGUAGGGUUGUGGGAUGACGGGAUGCUCCAUUGAUUUUCGGGGAAGGUUUGCGCCGGUUAGUUUCCAAGGCUCUGUGUACUUUUCUCGAUACACUCUACAUCUUCCCCCGUUGGCGCGUUUUGAGACGGGUGGAAUAUGCGGUUUUGUAGCAUGUUGUGUUGGUCUGAAGGUCUUGGGGAGGGGGCUAUACCACACGGACACGUAGUUUUAGGGGUGCCCUUCACUGCUGUCAUGUUUAUGGUGUGCUGUGGUCUCCUCUCAACUUGAGGAGAACCAAUUCUUCAAGACCUGGCGCCGUGACUCUGCACUGAAAACGUAGACACGGAGCCCUAGAUUGUGGUUACGAGUUGUGUGUAGGACAUGGGCAUGGUGGAUGAAUACCUGGUUCUACAGUACAAGGCUCGCGAGGAUUUCGUCACAGAACCCACGGAUUGUACCGUUACCUCGGCAACUGACGUUUUCAAGCAAGCAAUUUGAAACGCUUUACACGCACUAGCCCCACGUCUCUCCACCAAGACCUCCCGGCAAGGUUCUGGCACCUAUGUAGGCAACAUGUUACAUUGGGUUGGGUUGGUGAAGAAGUUUGACACAUACAUGUGUAUCCCGCCUCUCCUGAAGCCCGUGGGAUUACGAGUGCGGAUGGCACACGUGCCCGUGUGCCAUCCGUACUCCGGCUGGCAGAAGCACGCGCCGCGAAAAACGCUUAUGUUUGGUGCUGCUGGGACGUUUACAUGCUGCUUUUGCUCCAUCCCCUCCUAAACGCCACGGCAUGCCCUCGCACGUUAGCUUCUUAUUGCUACGGCCGCCUCGUUCCUUCCUUCCUGAGCUUGCCCCCCAAGCUCAAUAGCCCGGGCUCUACGUCCCUGUAUAGCUCUUCCAGUUGGCGUUUCCGAGUGGCCGAGUCCGUCGAAAGCUCCUCCCCGUGGCGUUUAAGGAGCCGCCUCUUGACCAUGAGCCUGUAGCGCUUACGCUUGUCAUCGACGGCUGUGGCAUUAUCGCUGCCAUCACCAGGAGCGGCAUCGGCGGCGGUGGUCGU